CAGCAGCAUAACGCCAUGGGGGGCGCAUUUUCAUUGGGUGAAAGCUGCUUAAUCCGAGAGCUGAACGUUUAUAACAUCUUCAACCUAAGCGUUUAUUUGUGGAUUCACGGAUGUAGAAACAAUGCUCGCGAACGUGAAAUGCACUGACAGAUCUGUCUGAAAUGGAGAAGUCGUCUAAAUCCUCAGUAGCGUUUUUACGAAGUAGUGAGAUCAGCAGUCACUGCUGUGUCAGAAACUUCCCUUGUCUGGCCCUAUCACAUCAUCACUUCAUCCCACAAGAAUUAAGUUUUCCAAGAUCUGUCUGACUUCACAACUCUAAGAAACUCUGUAAAGGAAUUAUUGUCCAAACACUGCCGUCGUAACACUGUAAAACUACACAUAGCAUAGAAACAGUGUUUCCUGUGGAAAAGUUUUGCUUUCUUAUUCUUCACAAAGUCUGUCACAGCGCCCCCUUUUGGGGCCAUGCCCCACCUGUUAAACAAUGACACUUCCUUCAGCUCCAAGCAAGAGCUUUUGGUCCUACAUGACAGUCCAUUGGGACCCGGUCCAGACAAUCCCAGUCCCGUGGAGUCCCGGGACUCUGUGCCGGGCAGCCCAUCUGGAGAUGCACUCACUGUGUUCCACAAUACAGGCAAACUGGGGCUUGAGCUCACAGAGCCACCUAUUGGGCUAAAGUUUGUCCCAACGGACUCCGAGAAUCUGUGUGGAUGGGGAGCACUGAGCCCACAGUGUAUCCAGACCUUCAACACCCCACGCUGGUUUCUCUUCUUCCUCUGUGUGGCCUCCUUCCUCCAGGGCAUGAUCAUCAACGGCUUCAUCAACACCGUCAUCACCUCCAUCGAGAGACGUUUUGACCUGCGCAGCUACCAGGCGGGACUCAUCGCGAGCUCCUACGACAUUGCUGCUUGUGUGUGCCUGACAUUCGUGAGCUACUUUGGUGGUACGGGUCAUAAGCCUCGAUGGCUGGGCUGGGGUGUGCUCAUCAUGGCACUGGGGUCUCUGGUCUUUGCCCUGCCCCAUUUCACCACACCACCCUAUGAGGUGAGAGUACCGCAGCGCAUGGGAUUGUGCUCGGCCAAUCACACAGAGGCAUGUGUAGACGAGGAAGGUGGGCUGUCAGCGUACCGCUACGUCUUUAUGCUGGGCCAGUUUCUUCAUGGGGUCGGGGCAACCCCUUUGUACACCCUCGGGGUCACCUACCUCGAUGAAAAUGUCAAGUCAAACUACGCACCUGUAUACAUAGGGAUCUUCUACACAGCCGCCAUUGUAGGACCUGCGGCCGGAUACUUGCUGGGUGGAUUCUUUCUCAACAUUUACACAGAGAUCGACCAAACGACAGAGCUGACUCCUGAAAACCCACUGUGGGUGGGAGCUUGGUGGAUUGGUUUCCUGGCAGGAGGAGCAGCGGCUCUGGUUAUCGCUCUGCCUAUACUGGGUUACCCUAGGCAGCUACCAGGCUCUCAGCGAUAUGUGGCCAUGCGUGUCUCAGAGGCCCACCAGCUGAAGGAUGGCAGUCAAGUCACUGCAUCUGAUCCUCAGUUUGGAAAAACAGUAAAGGACAUGCCCAGGUCAAUGCUGUUUCUUUUGAAAAACCCUACCUUCAUCUUUUUGUGUCUUGCUGGUGCCACAGAGGCCACUCUCAUAGCUGGGAUGUCCACGUUUGGCCCCAAAUUUCUGGAGUCUCAGUUUAGUCUGAGUGCUUCAGAGGCAGCAACCUGGUUUGGGUAUAUGGUGGUACCAGCUGGUGGAGGUGGCACAUUCCUGGGGGGCUUCAUUGUAAAGAAGCUGAACCUUCGUUGCCGUGGGAUCAUCCGUUUCUGCAUGCUGUGCGCACUGGUCAGCCUAACGGCUAUCUUCAUAUUUUUGGUACACUGUCCUAAUGUGCCCAUGGCAGGAGUAACUACCCCAUACUACAGCAACGUCCCACACAACAACUACAGCGCCCCCUACCUGCAGACAGAAAUCCACAAAAGCAGCUUCUCAGAUCUGGGCAAUCUGACCGUAAGCUGUAACAUUGGAUGUCACUGUGUUAAGGAGUUGUUUAACCCAGUGUGUGGUGCGAAUGGAGUGAUGUAUUUCUCUCCCUGCCACGCCGGCUGCAGCUCCCUCAACCACACGAACAGCCCCAGAGGUAGACAGGUGUUCUCUGGGUGCAGCUGUGUGGUAGGGAAUAUAUCAUGGGGAGAACAAGGUUUUGCUGAAGAAGGGAGGUGUGUGUCAUCCUGCAAUCACAUGCCAGCCUUUCUCACGUUCCUCUUCGUCGUCAUCCUCUUCACUUUCCUCUGCAGCAUUCCUGCACUUACUGCCACACUCAGGUGUGUUCCUGACAGUCAGAGAUCGUUUGGGCUUGGGAUCCAGUGGAUCGUAGUAAGGACUCUCGGUGGGAUCCCAGGCCCCAUAGCGUUCGGCUCCGUGAUUGACAUCUCCUGUCUGCUGUGGGAAGAGCAGUGUGGGGAAUACGGCUCCUGUUAUCUGUACCACAACUCAGCCAUGAGCCAGUACUCGCUCAUUGCAGGCAUCAUCUACAAGGUUUUAGGGACUUUUUUCUUCUUUCUGGCCAGCAUGCUCUACCAGCCGCCCCCCGAGUCUCCUCAGAGCAGCUGUGAGAGCACAGAUGUGGGAGGCCAUGACAGUGGGGGGAAGAACAGAGACCUGCCAAUCAAAGACAUCCCCCCUGAGAUCAUCUCAAACCCGCAUGCCAAAUUAUGACCUCAGUCGAGUCUACAAAAUACACCUCACCUCAAAUUGUGCGUGUAUGCUUCUGUGUGUGUGUAUAAGGUCAGCACCAUCUCUGUUCACUGUGCCCCAUCCCAACAUGCAUCUAUGAUUUAUUCUCAUAUACUCUCAUAGCCCACCAGUUUAAAACUCCUGAAAACUGAAAGCAUCUAUGUCACAAUGAACGACCAAAGGGUCAGAGGUGAAAUCAGAGCAUACAGUAUGAGUUACAUAAACAGAACCUACUAAAAGCAAACAUAAUCUUGAUUUGAGAAUAGAUUAUGCAUAUAAACUAGAAUUAUUUGUAUAAUUUAAGUAGAAAAAAUAGAGCCUUUUUGCAAGGAAAAAGCCAUGGACAAUAUAUGAAAAGAGCACUUAAUAUAAAUGUAACGGUAAGAGAGAAUUACAGCAAAUGUGGAGAAAUGACGACAAAGUCGACUAAAGAAUGCUGCUCAGUUAUACAUAAAGAAAAACUGACCAUUAGUUACAAACUGUGCCUUUAAAGUUUUGUUUUGCAUAAUUCAGCACAGUUAGAAAGAUAUUGCAGAAUCCCUUAAAUCUCUCUAAAUUGCACUUUAAACUAACUUCACUGACAGAAAUAUACAUCCGAAGCAUUUACAGUAGUGUUAUUAAACCAAGUGUUGUCCCGCAACACCAUUCUACGCAGUUCUAGUCCAAAGUAACGCAUGUGAAACUUGUGAUUCUUGUAUUCAUAUAUUCCGAAUAUUUGUACCAUUUUAAAAUGUGCCAAAAUACUGUAGCGCAGGACAGGGAGACUUCGAAGUGUGAGGUCUCAGAGAUGCAAGUGAGAAUUGAUGGGGGAGCAGGUUUACAAAAUUGACUUUUUGCAAAUGAAUGCCAUGUUGCGAAAUACCACCCGAGAUGUGAAAUUCCUUUGAGAUUACACUAAAAAUUAUUCUUGCACUGAUUUUCUGGAUGACAUAUUGUCAAACAUUAAAAGACAAUUUCUUGGUUGUUCAUAAGGUAACAGAACAAGCAGGAUUUUUUUUUUUUCUCUCUCUCUUUGUAAGUAGGGUUUUUUUUUUCUUUCUGGUUGAACAUUGAAGUACCACAAGCUGCUUAAAUCCAAAAAAAAAAAAAGAAGCAUAACUAAUAUCUUAUUUGCCUAUAUCAAGUGCUAUUAAAGACAUCUCGCCAAUGAUACUAUAUGUUGAGGUUUUUAUUUGUUAUUAAAUGAAUUUGUAAGGAUUCAUGUUGUAUCAGAACUCUAUUAUUAUUAUUAUUAUUUUGCUUUCUCUGAUGUUUGUGGAUUUUGGUGGAUUAUUACAUUGACUCUGAUGGCAAAUCCUGAAUGACAAUGAUGCACUCAAAAAUGUAAGAUUUGCACAAUGAAACUAAACAUGCAACAACAAAGUGUAACAUGAUAUUUGUAUUGAAUUUGUGUUGGUUCAUGUGUACUUUUUUAUCUCAAUGACCGAAACAAAUGUGUCUUGUCACUAAAGGAGUUUGUGUGUGGGCCUG